UACACGUGACGACACAACUUCAUUAACAUGUCUUUGGAAUCCACUAUCGAAGCAAAAAUUGCCUCCAAGAAGGUAAUAGUGUACUCCAAAUCUUAUUGCCCAUUUUGCGCCAAAGCAAAAAAGGUAUUUGAAAAGUAUAUAGCGGAUGGAACUCUAAAAGCAGAUGAAUACGAAGUCAUUGAAAUAGAGAACGACCCGCAGUGUUCGGCCAUUCAAGAAUACAUGAAGAAGAAAACCGGAGCAAGUUCUGUACCCCGUGUCUUCAUUAACGGGAAAUUUAUUGGAGGAGGAGACGAUGUCGUUUCCAAGGAUUCGUCAGGAGAACUCAAAUCACUCCUGACAGCUUAGUGGACAAUUCAGGAAGUUUAUUUAUGUUCAAACACCUUUCUUGUGAUUCAGUUGAAGCUUAAUACAUAUCUCUAUCUUUACACUCAGAUGGACUAAAUUUUCAUUUUUAUUCAGUAUAGUUUCUUCAACCU